AUGCCUACAACAUGUUCUCUACACACAACAAGACCACCUAGACCUGGCGAGGUUGAUGGUAUUGACUUCUACUUUGUCAGCGACGCCAUUAACCUUAGGCUCCAUGAUCCAGCCAUACAGGGGCCACUGGAUGUUCCCCUUUUCAGUCUUAUCCACUCAUCACGGCCACCUUCACCAUCACCAUCUCCAUCCUUCGUAAAUUUGCCUUCCAAGUCUACUCCCGAAGUACCGAUAGACAUUACUCCUUCAACACCCGACAAAAAUCAAGAAACACAUCAAACUUUGCAUUUUAUCGAAGUUGGCCAGUUCCAGACACAUACUUAUGCUACCAGCGCUGAGGCCGUUUGCCAAAUAGCUAGGAAAGGACAAAUUUGCCUUCUUGACGUCAGUCUGGCGGCCGUUAAACGGCUAAGAGUGGGUUUUAUUACCAUCUGUUUUCGUCUUCUUUCUUAA